AUGGAAGGAGAGAACAGCACUGCAGUGAGUGAGUUUAUCUUCCUGGGACUGUCCACCAAUCCAGAGCUGAAGGGCCUCUUGUUCACUAUCUUCUUGGCUGUGUAUGGUGCAACCAUGCUAGGCAACCUCCUGAUUGUGGGUCUAGUGGCUUAUGAGUCUACCCUCCACUCCCCCAUGUACUUCUUUUUGGGAAAUCUCUCCUUCUUGGAUUUCUGCUACUCCUCUGUAACAGCUCCCAAAAUGUUGGUUGGCUUCCUAUCGAGGGCCAACACCAUCACAUAUAGAGGCUGCAUUUCCCAGAUCUUCUUCUUCCACUUCAUUGGCGGCAUCAAGAUCUUUCUUCUCACCAUCAUGGCCUAUGACCGCUACGUUGCCAUCUUCCACCCUUUGCGCUACAUGGCCAUAAUGAAUGGGACUCUGUGUGGUGGGCUGCUGUGGGCCUCCUGGGUUGGUGGCUUCAUCCACUCCAUCGUGCAAGUGGCCAUCAUUAUCCAGCUGCCCUUUUGUGGUCCCAACAUGCUGGACAAUUUUUACUGUGAUGUUCCACAGGUGGUCAAACUGGCUUGCACUAAUACCUUUGCUGUGGAACUACUCAUGGUGUCAAACAGUGGAUUGGUGACUUUGAUGUGCUUUGUCGUGUUGCUUGUGUCAUACUCCAUUCUCCUGGCCAAGCUCAGAGCAAGAUCUACACCAGGCCAGAGCAAGGCUGUCUCCACGUGUGCUUCCCACAUCACAGUGGUGACCCUGAUUUUUGGGCCUUGCAUCUACAUUUAUGUUCGUCCCUUCCGCACCUUUCCCAUGGACAAAGCGAUCUCUGUUAUCUACACUGUCAUCACUCCCAUCCUGAACCCUUUCAUUUACACUCUGAGGAACAAAGAUUUCCAAAUGGCCUUGAAAAAGCUCAAGAGAAGAAAGCAGGAAAUAACUCUCUGA